AAACACUUUCAAAAAGCCUUCACUCCCCUCUUCUCCCCUUUCCCACUGGAGUUUGAAACUCUCUCAGAACCUCAUUCCAUCCAUGGCGGAUUCCUUCAACUUUUCAUUCCUCUAAUUCACUCAAUAUUUUCACUCAAAUAUUCCUCUGAACUUCCAGUUUCGGCGAAUAUAGAGAGAUUGGAUUGUUUCGUGAAGUGCGAAACUCGAUUGCCUCGUUUCUAGUCUUCGAUUGUUCGAGCGAAUUUUAGUGACCCCUCUCUUUUUUUGAUCGAAAAUCUUGCGUAGUUCUCUUUGCUUUCCGGCGGACGGAUUUUCGAGAUUUUUUUUGUCAAAACUUCGUCGGAAAUGAUUGCGAGCUCUCUUUGCAAUGCUACCGCUAAAUUUCCGGCAGAAGUGAUGGAGGUGGAAACCAUGAUGGAACAGAAAAGGAACAUGUGCUCUGUUGAUGAGAGCAAUCUCACUUCUCUUACACCCAAACGACACAAGACUGAUUUUUCUAUUUCCUCUAAGGAGAGAAAAGACAAACUGGGUGAACGAAUUGUGGCCUUGCAACAACUUGUUUCGCCAUACGGAAAGACAGAUACGGCAUCUGUUCUUCUGGAGGCAAUGGAAUAUAUCCAAUUCCUUCACGAACAAGUCAAGGUGUUGAGCGCUCCAUAUCUCCAAAGCACACCCACAGUUCAGUUGCAGGAGCUGGAGCCAUACAGCCACAGCCUGAGAAACCGAGGUUUAUGUCUUGUUCCAAUCUCUUGUACUGCCGGAGUUGCACGCAGCAACGGUGCAGAUAUUUGGGCUCCUGUGAAGACUACUUCCCCCAAAUUUGAGAAGGCCAUCUCACCGUUCAAUUGACCUCAAAUCAUUAGCUCUCAAGCAGCCGAAUGGUUCUGAAGCUGCAACAUACGGUUGGUAAAAAAGGUAACUCAUCUGCAUAUCUAAUUUAUGACAAUUUUCCCUCUGAAGUAGCUGAAUCGUAUCGAAUAAUUUAGAACGUCGCUUGGAAUAUGUAAUUCUGUAACGAAAAAAUAGUCGAAUCUUCGGAUUCCAAGUUCUACAUCUCCUCACCAUUCUAGUUUUAAACUGGGUGGGGGGCAUAGUAUAUGGCAGGAGUGUAUUUUGGUGUAUUAAGUGGUGGAAAUAUGUAUAUUGUAAACGAAUUGUAUGAUGAUCCCAAAUUAGAAAUUCAUGGUUGUAGAGUAGCAUUUUGUUACCUGCCUAAAACUUGAUGCCUACAAAUUGUUGGUAUUAAUAGGAAAAGUUCAUUAUCUUGUACACUUGGUCAAAUCUUAAGCCUUGUAUUGUAUGGAACUUCAAGUUUUUGGCUUGUGAAGUGAUGGAAUAUUAUGAAUCUAA